CAAGAGUAAUUAGCCUCUUAAAGCCGUAUACAAAUGGUAAAAAUGAAAUGGUUUAAUAAAAAUUAACAAAAAAUAUGCACAGUAACAGUAUUGAAAAAUAAACAAAAAUAAUUGCGUUCCAUAUAUUAUGUUUAAAUAAUGUAAGUCUGAAAACAUAAAACUGCUAAUCGUUGCUUAAAAAUAAGUAACAGUAAUAUCAAAAGUCAUAGUAGUGUAACACACGCAUGAACGUAAAAAGUCUUAUGAUUAAAUAUAAAUGCCACACGACGAAGAAGACGAAGGAUACUUCUCUGGUAUGGCAGUACUUGCCGUGUUUGUGUCUUUACUAAUCGUCUAUUCUCAUCACGCUAAAACACCAAGUGAACCGGGAUUAUUAGACGUUCAAUACGCAUUGCCGCCAUCAAAUAUGAAAAUGGGAGUCUAUUCGAAAGCGGCCGUUGUAUCCAAUGGAGAACCAUGCGCCAACAUCGGGCGCAAUAUACUUAAGAAAGGAGGUAAUGCCAUAGACGCUAUCAUAGCAACAUUGAUUUGUGAUGGUGUUUUUUGUCCGGAAUACAUGGGUUUGGGUGGAGGAAUUCUUAUGACUAUUUAUAACAGAACUACAAAAAUGGCCACAGAGAUAAAUGCGCGAGAAAUUGCUCCAGCAGCUGCAAAUAAAACAAUGUAUACCAACGAACCUAUGAAAGCUCAACGAGGUGGAAUGGCAAUAGCCGUGCCAGGUGAACUAAAAGGAUACUGGAUCGCUUAUAACAAAUAUGGUGGUGGAGUACCUUGGAAAGAAUUGUUUGAACCAACAAUUAAACAUUGCAAACAAGGAAUAGUCGUUAGUGAACGAUUGGCAAAUAACCUGGUGCGUUUCGAAGAUUUAAUACUAAAUACUACUACGAUUAAGAAUCAUUUUGUUGACCAUAAAACGGGCCGCAUUAAAAAAGCCGGUGAUAUUUAUAAGCUACCAAAACUAGCAAGGUCAUUGCGUAUCAUAGCCAAGAAUGGAGCAGAUGCCUUAUACAACGGCAAAUUAACCGCUAAAUUAUUGAAAGAUAUCAAAAACUGUGGUGGUAUAAUUACUGCGGAGGAUAUGGCUAAUUACAAGGUGAAAAUCAACGAAGCAUUUAACGUGGAUUUAAAGAACGGCUAUAGGCUGCACGCUGGAAUACCACCAAGUUCUGGUGUAAUACUAGCCUAUAUUUUACGCUUGCUUGAUGGAAAAUUGCCAGGACCAAACGCUGGUUUAGAUGCCCAUCGAUUAGUAGAGGCUUAUAAAUUUGCAUAUGGCGAACGUACUCGUAUAGGUGACCAUAACUUUGUCAAAGUCAAUCAGAUUUUUAAAAAAAUCAAGUCUGACCAGUACAUAGAAAACAUUAAAAGUAAAAUUAAUGAUUACUCCACAUCACUGAACCCUAAGUAUUAUGGAGCUGAAUACGACAUACCAAUUGACCAUGGCACAGCAAAUGUAGUCGUAUUAGACGCUAUGGGUAACGCAGUUGUUGCUACUAGCACAAUAAACACAAUAUUCGGUUCCGGUGUUAUGUCAAAGAGUACCGGUAUAAUAAUGAACAACGAGAUGGAUGACUUUUCAAUACCGGGAAUUCGAAAUUCCUUUGGGAUUCCUUCAUCUCCUGCUAACUAUAUUCAGCCGGGUAAAAGACCAAUGUCUUCAAUGUGUCCGUCAAUAAUUACCGAUAAUAAAGGAGACGUAAUACUUGCCCUUGGAGCAGCUGGAGGAUCAAAAAUUACACUCGCUACAGCCUAUGUUAUUGCUUUAACGAUGUGGUACAAUAAAACGCUUAAAGAAGCUAUAGAUGAGCCGAGAAUUUAUCAUCAACUGAUACCCAUGAGAAUUGAUUAUGAAUAUGGUCUUCUUAAGAAUGUGGUGAAUAAAUUGAAAGAAAUCGGUCACCCAGUGAACCGAUUGACAUUUAGAGGAGGUUCAGCUGUAACAGCUAUUCACAAAAAUAGAGAAUGUCAUAUAACAGCAAUGGCUGACUUUAGAAGACCCGGAAAUACGUCCGGAUACUAGUUAGGUACAAACAUUUUUUACAAACAAAUAUUUUUAAACAUUUCUAUAUUUUACACGUUUCAAAGGCAGUUCCUGAAUAACAAAAUUUACUAAAUGAAGUAAAAGAUUCAAUUUAAGUUCAAUAACUCGGUUUUCCAAAUAAGACUAGCAAAUUCAAAAUGUCGUGUAACAAAAGAAGAAUAAAGGUAUUUUAAAGUUGUAGCAUCAUUAAACUUAAAAUAGUUACGGUUUAUAAUAACCAAAAACAGAGUGAG